CAUCCAUUAGACUAAGAGGUUCGCUUAAUUAUACAAAACAUACUAUGCCUUCUCUUGCACCUGUACUAAGGGAGAUUCUUGUUGGGCUCCUCUCGGGGACUGUUACGCGUGCCGGCGAUCGGCUAAUG